GCUACCAACCCACCAUACCACACCUGACUGCGUGGAACUUUAAAAACCACGUGACAUUCGAGUCUAUCCACCCUGUCACCGGGAAGCUCUCUGUCUCCCGUAUGUAAAUAUAAGGGCAAGAGGCGGGGCUAGCUGUUAGCUUAAUGCAGUUCGCUAUAAUGUGAUAGUAGUUCCGGGUUGCGUGGAUUCCGCCUCUGAGCGGCGUUGCCAGGUUUCAGGAUCCCGGAAGCGGAUCUGAGCGCAGCUGCUGUUGUGGCUGCUUCUCUCCAUGGUUUGAGAGCCAAUGAUGGCGGGGCAAGAAGAGCAGGAAGCCCGGGACAGGCUCACACUAUGGGAUCGUGGGUCAGAGCCGCUGGCCCUACUCACAGACCGACAGACAGACUCUAUACUAGAAAUCAUGGCUGCUACUGAGGAUCUGCCUGUACCUGCGGAGCUUCCAAUUGAAGAUUUAUGCAGCUUGACGUCCAGGUCGUUGACAGUAACACUCUCUGCAGCUAUUCCUGAAUCUACAGAAGAUAUCCUCCAGCAAGGUUUUUCUUUGUUAGGGAUGGAAGAAGACAGAAUUGAGACAGCACAGCAAUUCUUUUCAUGGUUCGACAAGUUGCAGAUCCAUAUGGAUCAUGAUGGCAGCGCAAAGUACAGAGAAAUGCGAGAUUACUUGGCUGAGUUUCAGGAGCAGUGCAAUGCAAUACUGAACGAUGUUAACGUGGCACUGGAGCAUUUAGAAUCUCUUCAGAAACAAUAUCUCUUUGUAUCAACCAAAACAGGAACACUACACGAAGCCUGUGAGCAGCUCCUGAAAGAGCAGUCAGAGUUUGUUGAACUAGCAGAAAACAUUCAGCAGAAACUCUCAUAUUUUAAUGAAUUAGAAAAUAUAAAUACGAGAUUAAACUCCCCUACAUUGUCUGUAAAUAGUGAAGGAUUCGUCCCCAUGCUUACAAAACUGGAUGACUGCAUUUCCUAUAUUUCUGCACAUCCAAACUAUAAAGAUUAUCCUGUUUAUAUGGCAAAAUUUAAGCAAUGUCUUUACAAAGCUAUGCAUCUUAUGAAGAAUUACACUGUGAACACACUGCAGAACCUCACCAACCAGUUGAUUAAAAGGCAGGAUUCAUCAAAUACAUCAACUACUGACAAUGCCUUCACACUGUUUUAUGUCAAAUUUAGAGCAGCAGCACCCAAAGUCAGGACACUGAUCGAGCAAGUAGAGCAGCGGUCUGAGAAGAUACCAGAAUACCAACAGUUGCUAAGUGAAAUACAUCAGUGUUAUUUGGAUCAGCGCGACAGUCUGCUUAGUCCAAGCAUCAAUACUACAAUUUCAGAUCUUACCAGCCAGAACAACAGAGAUCACUGUGCACUGGUACGUAGUGGCUGUGCGUUCAUGGUCCAUGUAUGUCAGGAUGAACACCAGCUUUACUAUGAAUUUUUCACGAAACCAACACCUAAAUUGGAUGUGCUUCUAGAGAAACUGUGUUUGUCCCUCUAUGAUGUCUUACGGCCACUGAUCAUUCACGUCGUCCAUUUAGAAACAUUGUCUGAGCUGUGCGGAAUCCUUAAUAUUGAAAUGCUUGAAGACCACGUGCAGAACAAUGUGGAGCAUCUUGGGGCUUUUGCUGCUCUGGUUAAACAGAUGUUAGAAGAUGUCCAGGAGAGACUCGUCUACAGGACGCACAUAUACAUCCAGACAGAUAUCUUGGGUUACAAGCCAGCUCCAGGAGACCUUGCAUAUCCUGACAAGCUAGAGAUGAUGGAGAAAAUUGCACAAAGUAUCAAAGAAGAACAACAGAGGUUACAUUCUGCAGAAGCUUCUUUUUCAGAUGUCCACUUAGAAGAUCCAGAUGCCAAUAAUCUUAUUAAAAGUGGAUCUUCGGAAUCCUUAAGCCAAAAGUCUCAGAAUACAGUAUCUCCUGCCGACCUGCAUGGGAUGUGGUACCCUACAGUGAGAAGGACGCUGGUGUGUCUUUCCAAGCUUUACAGAUGUAUGGAUAGGACAGUGUUUCAAGGAUUAUCUCAGGAGGCCUUGUCAGCAUGUAUCCAGUCACUGUUGGGAGCAUCUGAAGCAAUCAACAAAAACAAGACCCAGAUUGAUGGGCAGCUGUUCCUUAUCAAACACUUUCUCAUCCUGCGAGAGCAGAUUGCUCCCUUCCACACUGAAUUCACCAUUAAGGAAAUUUCCGUCGACCUCAAGAAAACAAGAGAUGCUGCAUUUAAAAUUCUCCAUCCUAGGACAGUUCCCGGGUUCUUCAGGUUCAACAGCAACAAUGCUCUCCUGGAGUUCCUGUUGCAGGGAACCCCGGAAAUUAAAGAGCAUUUCAUUGACUCUAAGAAAGAUGUUGACCGUCACCUUAAGGCAGCGUGUGAGCAUUUCAUUCAGCAACAGAGCAAGAUAUUCAUUGAACCAUUGGAAGACUUUAUGACAAAGGUUACUGCACUGAAAACCAUGGCCAGUCAAGGAGGGCCAAAAUAUAGUUUGUCACAGCAGCCUUGGGCACAACCAGUGAAGAUAAAUGACCUGGUGUCUUCCACCUACAAGACCAUGAAAACCAAACUGCCAGUGACACUUCGCAGCAUGUCCUUGUAUUUGUCUAACAAAGAUACUGAGUUUAUACUGUUUAAACCAGUCAGGAGCAAUAUACAGCAAGUGUUCCAGAAGAUUCACAUGUUACUGAAGGAAGAAUUCAGCAGUGAGGAUUUGCAGAUCAUUGCUUGCCCUUCAAUGGAACAGGUGAAUCUGUUGCUGUCUGUGACUAAAUAGUUAAAGAAAUGUCUGUCUCUAUCCUUGCGGUACGGAGAAAGCAAAGCAGAAGUGAAGGAGUGAUGCUCUGCAGCGUGCAGGCUGUUACAGGCAUCCAUGUCUACAUGAAGCAAUGUCAGUCCUCCAGAAGCAAGGAGGCCAUACCAAAGCUUUACUGUGAUUUCUGAAAAGCUUUAGACAUGUUUAAAGCAAACCCAAUAUAAUAUUUCACUCCGAGGUGGAAACAAAAUGAAACCCGCUGCCAUGUAUGCUUGGAAAGGGGAAAUUUCAUUCCAAUCAAAUAUUAACUUAAAAUCUGAAUUUAUAAUAUAGUGAUCAUUUGAUUGGCAUUUGUUCUAGAUCUCACUGGAGGGCUCUGAUAUCUAUGUACAUGGCAUAGUGAAAUCCCAUGGGGGGAUUAAGCGAAUGACUAGCUGCAGUUAGUAAAUAGAAGCUGGGUGGAGCUGUUGGCUUGUCACAGUAAAUUCAUUGGUGCCCUUAUCCCUGUAGCACUGUGUCAGCCUGUGAGGGAGAACUUGUAGUGCAGCUCAGUGAGAAACUUGUAAAAUAAUAAUAAUGAGCAUUUAAAUCUUUCUGUCCCCUGAUAAUACCUCUAUUCGCCUAAAUUAACUAAUUUUAGAUCAGGCUGUUUUACCAUUGAGUUCUCUGCGAUGUACAAGUAAGUGAUCACAAUUCCAUGCAGCAAGUGGCAUGACGUUCUGUUCUGUUUUGCAGUGUUAGAAGAAUACGGGCUACAAAUUGAAUUACUACUUGCUAUUGUGUCCGUUUGGCAGCUUGCACUAAAGGAGACAAUGAGUCCAUUUAUUGAGGCCCUUUUUAGCCAUUUUAUAUCAGUCUAUAGAAAAGUAUAGAUUAGGGAGCAAAGUGCAUCAAUUUGAGAGAUAGUGGAUAGUGUGCAGGGUCUGAAUUGUAAGUCAUAUGGGGAAAAAGGAAAAUAACUGACCCUUAAAA